ACUGAAAAAUGAAAAUGUUGGAGAAAAGAAGAAGAAGGAGCAGCAUCAGAACCUCUGAUCUUUCCACCGAAAAAAACAGUGGCUCGGGGUGGAGUGGGACCCAGUGUUGCCCAACCCAAGGAGUGGACCUUUCAUACUAUUUAGUAGUAUUUACUGGGUCUUCUUCGUAUUCUCUCCUCCAUCAUUGAUUUCUUCUUUGAUGGCUGAGAUCUGUUGCUAUGGCUGGACCUGUUGAUCUUUUUGUUUUGCCUUUGUGGAGAUAAGGACCUGCUAUGGAUUGCACAAACAACAAAUAGCUCUCUUUGUGAGAUCUGGCCACUUUGCUUUUGUUUCACUGGGAGCCAGUUGGGGAAUGAUAAUCAGUUAACUAGAGAUGGGGAGGAAAGGAAACUGGUUCAGCUCUCUAAAGAAAGCUCUCAGCCCAGAUUCCAAGGAGAAGAAAAACCAGGAAUCAAAUAAGUCCAAGAAGAAAUGGUUUGGGAAGCAAAAACACUUAAAUACUGAUUCAGCAUUGUUAGAAGCAAUAACUGCUCAUGAACCUCCUCUUCCUCCUCCAACACCAUCUCCUGAUCCUCCUCCCACCCAGAUAGCAGAGAUAGCAUCAAGUGACACUGCUGAUCUCACCACUGCUACUGCUGUUGAUUCCUUGGUCACAACAGAGGUUGUUCAAGUCACUGAAGUUGCUCAAUUUGCAGGCAAAUUUGGAGAAGAAAUGGCUGCUAUCAAGAUACAAACAGCAUUUCGAGGAUACCUGGCUAAAAGGGCAUUACGGGCACUAAGAGGGUUGGUCAGGCUCAAAUCAUUGAUGGAGGGGCCUGCUGUUAAACGACAAGUCACAAGUGCCCUCCGAUGCAUGCAGACUAUGGCUCGUGUGCAGUCUCAGAUUCAGUCGAGGAGAAUCAGAAUGUCAGAAGAAAACCAGGCUCUCCAGAGACAACUCCUACAGAAACAUGCAAAAGAGCUCGAGAAUUUGCGGAUGGGAGAGGAAUGGGAUGACAGCUUACAAUCGAAGGAACAAAUAGAAGCUAGCUUACUGAGCAAAUAUGAAGCAGCUAUGAGAAGAGAAAGAGCAAUGGCUUAUUCUUUAUCCCAUCAGAAAACAUUGAAGAAUUCCUCAAGACCUACAAACCUGAUGUUUAUGGAUCCAAGAAAUCCCACCUGGGGUUGGAGCUGGUUGGAAAGGUUCAUCGCAGCUCGACGUUGGGAGAGUCGUAGUGCGUCUGAGAAAGAACUCAAUAAUGACCGCUCAUCCGUAAAGAGUGCAAGCCGCAGCAUGGUUGGAGGAGAAAUAUACAAAUCAUAUGCACGCUACCAACUCAACUCUGAGAUGCCUUCCCCCACAGCCAGCCAAAAACCGAGCCAAACUAUAAACUCCCAGUCCCCCUCAACUCCUUCAAGGCCAGCUGCUCCCUCCGUUGCUCGAAAAUUGAAGCCACCAAGCCCACGGGGCAGUGCUUGUGCUCCAGACGACGACUCUAAAAGCAUGUCCAGUAUACAGUCAGAUCGAUAUAGGAGGCACAGCAUUGCAGCUUCAUCAGUGCGCGAUGAUGAGAGUUUAGCAAGCUCUCCUUCGGUCCCGAGUUACAUGGUACCCACUCAGUCUGCAAAAGCCAAGUCCAGAUUGCAGAGCCCCUUAGUGGCAGAGAAGAAUGGGGUCAUACCAGGAAAAGAAAAUGAAUCCUUGGGGUCUGCAAAGAAACGUCUUUCUUAUCCACCCUCACCGGCAAGGCCCAGGCGGCUUUCUGCUCCCCCAAAGAUGGAAAGUCUCUCAAAUAACGGCAACUGACUAUAUGAAUUCAUGAACUGAGCGUACUGCCGUGUAAAAUUCUGAAUCUUUGAUCGGUUUGAAUGCUGAGAAAGUGCUGGUUGGGUUGAGAUUGGUGCCUUGAGUCCUAGCAGCCUUGCUUACACUUUCUUCUUAUUUAUUCAUUUACAUGCUCUCUUAUGUUUCUUUUUUUUUUUUUUUUUUCUGUUUUGGAGAAAAUAAUUUUACCAUAAUUCUUGAUUCAUUUGGUAUAUUUGUAGCGAUAUUGAUUUAUGGUGUUUAAUUGGUGUGCAUGGGACAAUGUAAUUUCCUCCUUAAUAAUAUAAUUUCUUGGUUGAUGUUCUUGCA